AUGGCGAGCAGUUGUGUUUACGGCUUGGACGUGAGUUCGCUCGAAAGGAUUCUCACCCCUGGUUCCUACAUCGGGAAUAUCACAACGGUGCCUAGAUGGAGCGAGUUCAAAGCUCCGCAACCACAAAUUGUAGUCCAUCCCGCGACCGAGCAGGACUUGCAGACAACGGUAAAAUGGGCCGUUGAUAACGAUAUUCCAUUCCUUGCCCAGAGUGGAGGCAACGGCUGGGCGACCACAUUCACCAUUGACCAAACAGGCAUAAUCAUUGCCCUCGACUUGCUCCGCUCCGUCACCUUCAGUGUAGAUAGAAAGCUUGUUACUAUCGGCGGCGGCGCCUUAAUAUCAGACGUGAUCGCAUCUGCGUCUCAAAACAGCGCCCUCGUGACGACUGGGACAUGUGACUGCGUGGGGGCUCUAGGGGCCAUUCUCGGCGGCGGAAUCGGCUUUUUGACUGGCGAGUACGGACUUGGCGUGGACAACGUCGUGUCGAUGAACGUCAUCUUGGCGGACGGCUCGCUUAGAAAGGUGACCGAGUCUUCAUCGCCCGAUUUAUUCUGGGCCCUGCGAGGAGCGGCGCCGAACUUUGGUAUCGUGGCAUCGGCGGUGCUUAGAUCCUAUCCUGUGGAGAGCAGUAGUUCGCUCGAGGCUUGGCAAGGUGCCCUCAUCUACACCCCCGCGCAACUUGACUUGGUACUUGGGGCUAUUUCGGAACUGGCCUUGACAUCGCAAAUGGCCCUUUCUAUGACGUGGAUUCUGGCCAGCAACGGAACACCGUCUAUCAUCGUCAGCGUUUUCUAUCACGGUACGGAGGCAGCCGGCCGAAGCGCAUUCAGUUCAUUGAUUGCCAUUGGACCUGUAGUGGAUGCAACCAAGAUAGUACAGUAUACGGAGUGGAAUGCUGGUACUAAGAUGGCAUGUAUCAAAGGUGGACGCAAACCUACCUGGGGGGUUGGGAUGUUGCAUCUCGAUCCGGCCUCCUGGCACGCUGUGUAUGAUGUUUGGGUGAGGCUUGGUCAGGAGCCCGGAGCUGAGCGCAGCUCAGUGCUGCUCACUGCUUACCCGAUGGACAAGGCCCGCCAGCUUCCUGUGUCCAGCUCGUCGUAUCCGUUUCGCGAUUCUGUCUACCUGUUCGCCUCGUUUACCGCAUCGUACACGGAUGCUGCAUUCGAUGAGACAGCGUUAACGUACGGGACGAGCGCAAGGGCGUUGUGGCAAGCUGCUGAUGGUUUGGCGCAUCAUAGCACAUACAUUAAUAACGGGUUCGGAGAUGAAAGUUCAUCCACGAUUUAUGGUGCAAGUUUGCCUAGACUGAAGGUCCUCAAGAAGCAAUACGACCCAGAGGGCCGGUUUAGUCAGUGGUUUCCGAUAGAAACACUCCCCUGAGGGGAAAUGUCUGCUUAGCAUAGGAGAAUGAUCAAAUGGCAGAUGCCUUGAGUAUGAACUGCUAGUUAUGAAUACAUGCCUGGAUACUAAUAAGGCACUUAGAAGGAAAGGAAACAAUU